AUGGCUCGAAUGAAGGCGCGACCUCUUCAACAUACAACGAAAAGGAAAUUGCAAGAACGCGGCGCUCGCGAAGGAUCGCGAUCGACUUCAGGCAAGCGAAUAAGGCUACAGAGCCCAGCAGGACAAACAUCUUCUUCGUUAGAGAAAGCAAAGAAGAAUAAAGGUAAGAACUUCGUGUUAUUUGAGCCAGGUUUUUGGUCGAAAGUGUGUGUCAGUUUCAUGGAACUGUGGAACGGAAGCUUUGCGAUUGCAAAUGCAAGUUUUAGUUUAGACUUCACAAGCGGAUAAGAAGUGAAAUUUAACAUUUUAGAUUUUAUUUUUCUAAAUUUUCUUGAUUUUCCUUGUUUAUGGCAUGUAGAAGGCUGCUGAACGGGUGAUUUCUGGGAUGAAUAUUGUCGUUCAACUGUCCACCAGAGUCGAGAGUCCAAAUGGAAAGUAAUUUGCAUAUUAUUCCAAAUGCGAACAAUGUUUUUGAAAUGGGUCAACUCUUUUUUCAUAGAUCAGGAAUUUUGUAUGGGUCAUAGACUCCUUUUAUAUGUGAAGGUGAAUGAAAGGAAGGGAGAAUUAGGAUAUCUUUUCGGGACCAAACAUAACGGGACUAUAAAACUACAGCUGUGAAGAGGUAUUCCAAUGUGUUAUUCUGUGGGUGGAAAUUUUUCCGAGCUUGAAUUCUUUCAAACAAUGGUGAGUUUUGAUAUAAUUGCUCCUGUAUUUAUUGCGAUGAUCUGGAAAAGACGGGGGAAAUGAAAAUGGUUUAAACUAUUUUAAGGCAUAGAAAAUUUUGAAGCAAAACAUGCCCACAGAUUGCGCUGUAGGUACACCUGAGGUCUUGAUGCAUUCAUGUUUGUUUUCAAAGGAACAAUGAAACAAGAGAACAAUUGAACGAGAACAAGAUUAUACACUCAGAUAACUAUUUAGAUGAAUGAUCAAAUGAUAGAAAUUUAAUGCAUCAAUGAAUUGUCCAUAGCUAGCCUUUUGAAGUGAUUGCAAUACAAAUUCUCCUAACUUAAACAUUUUUUCAACUCUGUUGAGUAGACUGGUUAUUAAAAUCAGAAAAUAGUAAUGAGAAUUGUAUUUUCAGAGAUAGAGUACAACUCUUUUGAGUGAUAUUGAAGAAAUGUAAAUGGUUUCCGUGUUUACAUAGCCUGAUGUAAACACGCAGGAGGUUGGGAGAACACGAGAUAAGUGUAGGAAACCACGACAUGAAGCGGAGUGGUUUCCAGCUUAUUGAGUGUUCUCCCAACCUCCCAAGUGUUUACAUCAGGCUAUGUAAACAUGGAAACCAUUUUACAUUUCUUUUAUAAAAUAACUAAUGAAAGAACCUCUUCUUGCGACGAAGGAAAGUGAUGUGCUUGUUGUUGUCGUUCAUUUGGCUUUUUGGCUGUUUCUUGAAUACUGGGAAAAUUAAACUCCAAAGAAAAAUUAGGAAAAUCUUCUUCUUCCAUUACUGUACUCAAAACAAACUUAAAGAAACUGAGUUACUGCUAAAUAAAUAGCAGGGAGAACUCCACAAGAAGAUUCAGUAUGAAAACCAUGUUUACAUACGCUCAUGUAAAAUGGUUUUAUGGCCAAUCAGAGCACGCAUACUUUGAAUUAUUUUAUAAUAUGCAGUAUGUAAUUGAAACAUUGUGAUCCACAUCCAAAAUGAAUGUAUCAUUAGAGAAACAAUUGCACUUUAUGUAAAAAAUAUGUAGUUUUUGUGAAUCCAAACAGUGAUACAUGUAUAUUGUUUCACUUCAUGAUUUGGUAGUAAUUUGUUUCACACUAUAGCUACAUUGUAACUAAUAGAGCUUUGAUAAAUGGAAAUUUAAAAAGGGUCGGAUACACACAAGAAAAGUUCUUCCUCUUUGUAAAGUAGUUUGUUGGAAUUUUACAGGUAGGCCUUGUAAGGUGCGAGAGGAGGAUUCCCAUCUCCCUCCUGAAUUACGCAGAGCUGGAAUAUUAGCCCAUAUGCAGAUACCUGAAGGAAGACGUUUUGGCCCAUUCAUUGGUAAAAUUGUGGACAAGAAGAAAUCUCCAGAGAAAUUGUACUUUUUUGUGUCACAGGUAUGAUCAGAGGUAAUAAACAACUGAUGCAGUUUUGUCAAGUCACCCAAACUUUUCAGGAGGAUAGCUUCUUACAAGAAUUUUAAGAUUGUAAUAACUGAAAUCUGUCAACCAUUGUGCACAAAUGCAUCCUAUUCUCAACAUGCUGUUAAAAAAAUUUGGUAUAAAUAACUGGUCAUUAUUCAAGUACCACUUUAUUACAUUACAAGUGUGAACUCUUAAACUCCCUGAAGUGAUAAACAUGUGACUUCUCCCAAUUAAAUAUUUGCAUUAUUAGCCAACAGGUAAUGAGAAUACUCAAAUUUAUUAGGUUAGAAGUUAUUAUCUUGAUUUAACACCAAAUUCUUGUAACUAAUUUACAAAGGAAAUAUGUCGCAGCUAGAUGGGAGAUUUAACAAUCAGAUAUUGGGAGUUAGAGGGUAAAUAACUCUAGGUUUGAGACUUGUGUAGAUCAUUACAUGUAUGUGAUACCAUAUGAUGUUCUGUUGCAUUUUUAGAUCAAAGAUAAAAACAAAAGAAACUCAAUGCACUUUUUCUAUGCACACAAGAAUGAGAAGGACAAAUGCAGUUGGCUCAGUCGUCUCCAGAGUGCUACAUCAACAGCAAAACAAAACAUUGUAGCAUAUAACUCUCCAGGAGGAGUCUGCUUUGAAGCUGUUAAGGAUAUAGCUGUGGGAGAAGAGUUAAUGGUCCUAUUUGAUAAAUCAUUUAAAGGUAAUAAAAAAAAGUUAAUACUCUGAACUCAAGAGGAAAGGUACAAAGAAAAAGAAGAUGUAAUAUAGAAUGUGUUUGAUUUGGGGAAGUAGCUUUACACUUGUUUUACUGUCUCGAUGUGUUUUAUCGCUGACAGGUUCAGUGUAUCCAGCCUAUGUAGAGAGUGCACCAUUGUCCUUCAUCACAGAUGAUGCUGGUGAAAAGAUUGCAGUGGUUCCUCUUGACAAGUCUGAAGUUUAUAUCAACCCUAGUACUGAAGGCAAAGAACCUAACAAAGAUGGGAAUAAUGCAGGCCAUGAUAAAGAAAUGGCUGACUCUCUCAAAGAAGGAAAUCCAGAGGUUGUGGAUGAUGAUGACAAAGACAACAGUGAUGAUGAUGAUGAUGAUGAAGAUGAAGAUGGCAGUGAUGAUGUGGUAGUGAUAGAAGAGUAUGAGGUGUCUGAUGAAGAUGAUGAGGAGGGUGAUGAAGAUGAAGAUGAAGAUGAAGAGGAAGAGGAAGAUAUUGAUGAUGGCAAUGAUGUAGAUGAUGAUGAUGAUUUUAUUCCUAAGGGUGAAAAGAAGUUGACAAAGGAAACUGGGGCCAGCACUAAUAAUGGCGAAAUUUCAAUGGAAAAGAAACGUGGAAGGAAGCCAUCAGCUCAGCAUAAACGAAAGCCACAUAUAAAAGAAAUAAAAAUUGUUGACACUGAGAGUGGUCAGGGUAUGUCAUCAUUUUGUUUACAUAACUCUUAACAAGAGUGUCGUCACAUUUUUGAGUAACAGUUUGACAUCAACCCUUUUAUUCCUAGAAGUGACCAGCUUCUAAUAUCUCCUUACCAUAUCUCCCCUGAAUCACUUAUUAAGGUCACAAGAAUAAGAGAAAUGGUCACUGACUAAAACAACUCUUGAUUGCUAAACAAAUUCUCCUUGACAGCACCUUAGGAAAUGUAUAGAGAACAGUAGGGAGAAUAUGUAUACUGAAACUUUUUUGUUUUGAUGAGUACUAUUCUUGUGCUACAUGCACAUUCUUUUUGUAUUGAUUCAAUCUACUUGUACAGUUGUACUCUAAUUUGUAUUCAUGGUAAGUCAUGCGGGUCGUUGUCUUUGAAAGGCUGCCUUUUGGGAAAGUAAAAAAAUAAGUGAUACAUACAUGUACUUCAAUGAGGUAUUUCUAUUUUGAAUUUUACAAGAUUACCUUAGAGCUGUCAGUUGGAUAAUUGUACAUUGUACAUGUGCAUCUCUUUGGUUAACACGCUUUAGCACUCUUGAGAUAGAAACUGUGUAUGUGAUUUUGUCACCAUAGACAUUGUUUAUCUGCCUUUUUGUGCACAAUUUGACAUCCUUUCUUGUAUGUGUUUCCAUUAAUUCUACCUUGAAUAGAUACAAUCAAAUACCGCUGUACCCACUGUUCAGAGGAUUUUGGGGACAAAGUGAAAGCCACAGAACACAGCUCAGCUAUGGAAUGCCUUUCACAGCAAUUCCAGUGCAAAACAUGCACCAUGGAGUUCAGAAAUGCCUUUCUACUUCAGAAACACAAAUGUAAUGGAAAGCCAAAGUAUGAAAAUUGUUUUAAUUUGAAAGAUAAACUUUGCAAUUUAAGUCAACAUGACCAAAGUGUAUAAUUAUAUCAAUAGUAAGAGCAAUUUUUAAGUGGAUGUCAAAAAUGAUCAGAAGUGCUUUUUUUUUUUUUGCUUUACUCCACUUUGUGAUUGGUCGAAAAAAGCUUGUGCCUUUCUCUUAACCAAUCAGAUGUAAAACUAAAUCAAUUACGGCUUGGUCGCCCGCGUUUUCCCGCGUUUUGUCGGUUUUACUUUGAGUUUCAUUGGCUCUUAAAUGGAUUUUUCUUUCUUCUGAUUGGCCAUUGUGAUUAAUUUGGUUUUGGUUUUACGGCACUCAAUCAUAAAGUUCUCAAGAUGUACCUUCACUUCAUGAUUAUCACCACUUCUACUCAGAAAAAAUUACGUUAUCGUGUUCUGAGUAUUGGAAUCAAUUGACACUCAGAAUAACACUAUUUAUUUCCCAAAGGGAUAAAAAAUUGGGGCAGCUACGUCUGCUACUCUUUCUAGUCUUUUAUUCUAUGUAUUUAUUUCGCCUCUUAGCCUGCACUGAUCAGUUCUGAUUUGUUGAUAUACGAAUAACGGGUGAAGUUUCAGACGCACCGUACCAUAUUACGGGUUCGUAAGCACUCUGAAUUUUGUUAUACAGUGAAGAAGUAGGAAAUAAAGAAGAACAAAACAAAGCAAAACAAAAAGGCAUAGAACGAUCGACAAAGUUCACUUUUUUUUUUCUAGGAGUAAUGAUGGAUAAUAAUUUUUUUUUGCUCAGGUGCAACGUCUGCAAUGAAGAGUUUGAGAAUUGGAGACAACUGAAGGAGCAUGCGGAUAAUCCGCCAGAGGUUCAUGUGCCAAAGUAAGUCAAAAAUUAACAUUUACUUUCUCUUUCGUUUUUAAUAGGUUAUCUUGCACAAAGGUUUUAAGAACAGACAAGUGUAUCAACUGGAGGGUUUUAUCUUGAUCAAACAUCAAAUUCUCCUGUUUAAUUUAAGAGGAAAUCUAUGGCGCUAAAUGGGGAGAAUUAAUUAUCGGAUCUUGAUUAUCGAAGUGUUUGAUAUGUUUUAGUCCAGUUUCCAAGCCUAUGCUUCCAGGGCUCUGUAAUGUGAUAAAGCCACGCGGGAUGUUGGGGUCACAAGUCGGAGGCGAACAAUUUACAGGCUUUCCUCGAAUUCUUCUAACAUCCCUCGUGGCUUUAUCAGGUUAUAAAGCCCGGAUAAUGUGCUCUGUUGCUUGUAAGGAUAUACCACGCAGGUGAAUAGUGCUUUUCGCGCAGAUCUUCAUUCUCAAAGGAAACUAUGCACGCCUGCUUUAAAUCGAAUUUUAAAUCGUUGAUUUCAGAUGUGCGAGUUGUGAUAUGCAGUUUCAAACUGUUAAAGAGAAACAGUACCAUGUCCGUUCCAAGCACGGGCCGGAUGAGUCAUCCGAGGAGUGUCCCGUUUGUCAUAAAACCUACAACAAAAUGUACCUGAAGGAACAUCUCGCGACCCACGACGAAAACAGUGUGUUGAAUUGCAUCGAGUGCGGUAAAAAGUUCUCCUCCAAAAGCAACUUGAACAAACAUCGUAAAAAGCAUCUACCUGGUUAUGUCCCAGCCAAGGAUAAACAACGGGAAAAAAAAUAUGGCUGUUCGGAAUGUGGCAAAAAGUUCGACUCCAUGCACGGCUUAGAGGUUUGUAGAAUUUAUAUUAUAUCGAAUCAAUGUCGUUAUCUGAGUACCUGCGCACCUACCCCUCCCCUAACCCAACAUUUACCCAAACCUGUUGGGUUAGGGAUGGGUAGGUGCGGCUCAGUUGCUGAAGUACUGAUAUUGAUCCGAUAUAUCUAUAUAUUUUGGUGUUUUACUUCCAAUUUAGAUACAAAAUAAAUUUAGUCCAGCAAACGUGCAGUGACUUAAAAAUGUGCAUUUUCACCUCUCUUCUUGUUUUUGGUGCUGCACCGUAGCUUCGAUCUAGGCCAAAAGUUUUGAAACACUGCUGCAAAUACACGCGCAGAUACCGCAUUCUUUUCGCAUGCAGCACAUUAUAUUUUCCCCUCCCCCCCCUUGCAAUAUUUGAACUUUGUUCGUUUCCCUCGCGGUCAAGAUUUUUAGCUGGAGUUGGGAGAAACGAGGUAAAUCACUGUUAGAGUGGCAAAGUUAUUCGCACGAUGAAUAUAAUGAAACUAGGACUAGCUAUGUCACCUCUGUGUGAACGUAUUACAGUACCUUUUCAUAGUUUUCUGUAUGAAACAGAACGCCAUUAGAGAUUGAAGUUUUGUUUUACCACAGAGCCACAAGCGAAGCCACACCGGAGAGAGGCCAUUCAAGUGUGACAAGUGCUCGUGGAAAUUCACUCAGAAAACGCAUUUGAACCGUCACAUCAGGAGUGUGCACGAGAAGGUGCCAAGAGAGCGUCACUCUGAAGCCAACAGACCUGUGUCUUGUGAAGUGUGCAGUAAAGUGUACGUCAACAGUCGUGUGUUGGCUGUUCAUGUGCAGUCCGUGCACGAAGGUUUACGACCCUACAAGUGUGAGUACUGCGACGCAACUUACACUCAACGAGGUAAAUCGUAAUUCUGAACCCUUAAUUCCUUAAAAGUGACUAGCAUCUAAUUUCUCUUAACAAUAUCACCACUGAAUCACACAUGAAUGUCAUGAGAAUAAAGGAAAUGAUCACCAACUAAAGAAACUCUUGAUUGUUAGACAAAUUCUCCUUGUCAGCACCUUAGUAAAUGUACAGAGAACAGUAUGGAGAAUAUGAAUACUGAUGUUAGGGUUAAAGGGUUAAGGGACUAGUUAUCAUUUAUCUCCAGGGUAGGGGGUCUGGAGGUUUUUUUUUUGGGGGGGGGGGUGGGGCAUAUGAGGGAGGGAUCAGUCGACGCCAAGAGAGAUUAAAGAGGGAGGGGAGUAUAGGACAUGAACUGCUGACGAGUGGGAUUUCGAGAGACUUUGGUUUUGUUCAUUUGACUUUGAAAAUGCUCCAUGAAAAGAUCUCUACUAACGCUUCACCUGUUCUGUGUUUGCGAACUAACACUAGUUGACUAUCUGGUUAGGUCAUCUGUGGAGACACAAGCAUGCUCUACUAACGCUUCACCUGUUCUGUGUUUGCGAACUAACACUAGUUGACUAUCUGGUUAGGUCAUCUGUGGAGACACAAGCAUGCGAGUCACUACGAGAAAGACGAAGUUCAAAAGAGAUACACCGCUGACAAGUUUGUCUGUCAGUUUGAUGGGUGCAUGCUGUCAUUUGACACUCAGCCAGAGCUGAUGGAACACGUCAAAACACACACCACGGACAAAAAGUGCAUGUGCAGUGAGUGUGGGGCUACAUUUGUCUCGUUCCCAAACCUCGCCAAACAUACUAGGAGGAGGCAUGGGGAGCAGGGAGUCGCAGACAAGGGCCAUCGAUGCGGAAAAUGCAUAAAGACAUUCGCCACAAGUUAUCAACUGGUCGUGCAUUUUAGGUGGGGUUUAGUGGAAACUUACCAUACACGGGUGUAAUUUGUUAAAAGUUUUAAUGAAGUGUUAUCGUCUGGCCUUCGAGGUAAUCACCAUUGAGGAGGAUUGCUACGCACUGCAAUUUUUUCUUCGUUCUGAUUGACUGUUGUGAUCACCAUGGUGAUGGUUUUUACGACACUCGAUUGAAAAGUGCUCUUGAAGGUUGAGAGAGCAAUCAUUAUUUAUCAAGUGAGGGUAGAGGCGAGUCGGAGGAUUUUUGCGGGAAUCAUAUGGCUUUUAGGGCGAACGAAGUGGGUAUCAGUCCUCGCUGACAGGGUAUGAAGGACGGGGCUGUAGAAAAUUGACUGCCAAUGGAGGGGAUCCUAAGAGUUUUACAGAGCCUGAGUGGGGGGAGGUGACGCUACUAUAUCCUCUGUCCUCCCUGACCAGUUUCUAAGCGUAAUCUGCCGACUUUCAUCGCCUGAGGGAUACAUAGCGAUCCAAAUCGAAAGAGACUACAUGAUGGCCCUUCAUAGCUUUCCGCCAAAAAUUAUUUUCGAAAAGUCAACGUUCAUUUUUGUGAGCUGCUUUGAUCCCUUUUCAAGUACUCUUGCGGGCUUCAUUGACCUCGUGUAAUGAUAAAUAUUUUGAUUGAUUCCUUUGAAUGAUUAAAAUAUUUUUUUUCAACUGAUCGUCUUUACAGGGGCCAUACCGGAGAGAAACCCUAUAAAUGUGAUCUUUGCGGAAAAGACUUUGUUCAGAAGUCUGGCUUGCGGAAACACAUCAGGUGGGUUAAAGGGUGAACUGGGAACAAAAUAGGCCAUUUCCGAAUUAUCUUUGGCCUCGUUUUCAAAGUGAGUCCUGGUGCUCAUUCUUUCAUAUUAUUAAAAGUUUUCAUUCACACUCAAAUUAAACUCAAUUUUAUACGAAUAGUUGAGCACCAGGCCUCGUUUCGAAAAGGAAGCCAAAGGUUAUUCGGAAAUGGCUUAUUGGAUCAACAAUCAAUUAGUGAAAGAGCAGCCAGUCGAUUAGUUGAAAGUCAAUUACUGCAACAACAAAAGAAGCGUUAUUUCCCGUAAGUAACGUGAGUAGAAAUUUUAGUUUCCGUCUUGCGUAACAAUACCACAUUGUUUAGCAAGUCUGGUGUCUUUUUCUCUGGCUUUGUUUCGGUUCCUUUAGCCUGUGGGUUCCAGUAAUGAUCAAACUAUGCUUUUAAAAGUUGCCUGUUAAUUAUAAGUAAUUUUUUAUUAUUUCACUGUAAUACCUGUUUUUGCGAGGAAUAAGAGACUCUUUGUAUAUUUGGAUAGUUAGUCGUUUGUCAGUCUUCCUGUAAAAGAGUCACGUCAACACGUGGCUCAGUAGUGCAGUUACUGAAGCAGUCAAUCUGUCCAGUUGCACCUUUUACUGCCGAUGAGGAACAAUGGUCUCCCCAGAAGCUGUGAUAACUGUAGACAGUAAGUUAGUCAGCGGCCGGUCAGUCCACGUGUCAGCUACUUCAAUGUUAGUAUUACUAUUUGAGUUAAAUUUGUAUUGUGCAACAGUAUUUCAGUCAGUCGAAUAAUCAAUAAGGUUAUUCAUCUGUCAAUAUAUCAAUCAUAAAGGGAGUACGUUUCUAAAGAAACUGUGGUUCUGCGUCGUUGGGAGAGUAUAACAGGGUAAUUAAGUAUUAUCCAUUGAGUUGAUAACGUAAAUUGGCCAUCGUAAAGAGUUUCAAAGUUGACGUUUCGAGCUCAAGCCCUCCGUUUGUCGCUUUGACAAAGGGGUAAAGCUCGAAACGUCAACUUUGAAACUCUUUACGGUGGUCAGUUUUUAUUAUCAACUCAUUUGAUAAUGCCAAAAUACCCUGUCAGUAUAUCAAUCAGCCGAUUUGUGUACUCUUGUCGUCCUCAGAUGUAAACGUUGUCCAAUGGUCGAAGGUCGUUCGAUGAACCCCAGGGGCGCCAAGAAAUAUGCCUGUGAUCGUUGCAACAAGAUGUUUCCGGGACCGUCUGACUUGAAAUCGCACAUGCGCACUCACACUGGAGAGAAACCUUAUCAGUGCACUGUUUGUGAAAAGGGUUUCAGCCAGCCAGGGAAUCUAACGAAACACAUAAGGUAAGUUUCCGAGAUGCCUAAAAGUUGAGAUGGUUCGGUAGUAAGUGCUCUUGACGGCUUAAUCAAGUUUCUCUCGGGUUUAAUUCAGAAACCCACUUUGCAGUUAAAAGACAGCCAGCAGAGCAGGCGGAAUUUCGACGAGCGAGUGCUCAGUAUUUUCGUAGCGAAAAUUAUGACCGCCAUCUUUGAUUUUAACAACAGUGGAAGACUGAGAAAUGAAAGAAAUUUGUACCAAGGGUGUGAGCAGCAAUAAAUAAUAAGGAGAGGGAGAGGGUGCGGGUUGGGGAGUGAAUAGUUUCGCGUUUCCUCGCCCUCUCCCCCAACCGUCGACUCCAACUCCAAAAUCAAACAUGGGCGUUUGAGUGAACGAUCGCGCCCUUCUUAACAUUAACUCGCCUUAAUAAGACGCCUGCACUGCAGGCUAGUUAAAAGAGGGCCAUAAUGUAUUGUCUUGAUCAUUAGGUUUGUUCACAACAAAGAACAGCGUCCCAAGGAGAAAAGUCGUGAAAAGAAGUAUUUCUGCAGCCUGUGCGGUAAAGCGUUCCUGUGUCCCAGUAGUCUUGCUAUGCACUGUCGCACACACACUGGAGACAAACCUUUUUCCUGUGAACAGUGCGGACAAGGAUUCGCCCAAGCGGGAAACCUUAAAAAGCAUCUCAAACGUUGGCAUGAAGAUGGCGCUGAAGGAAGGACAAGGUUUGUCAAUUUCUCCGUUUAUUGUGGUGAUUAAGAUGAACGAUGCCUGAAAGUCAUGGCCCAUUAAGCUUGCCUAUAUUUCUACUACAAUUAUUUUUAUAAUUAUGUUUUCAAGUGUAGCUUUAAGACCAGAGAUUAUUGCAGGCUUGUGUAUGGUCAAUUAUCCAUCACAUUCGUCGUAAUUGCUUAAAGUCAUUAUAGUUUUCCAGUCGUUUCCUUCUGUCUUCUUUACCGGUUUGAGUCACAACUACUUUGAAGCUUUUCUGAACAACUGUUUCCCACUAUAACACUGCGAGCUAACCAUUUCAGAUGUUGUUCUCUUGCAACAAAUUUAGAAAGUGGCUUUAACGGUAUUCUUUAACGUUGGGUGAUUGAAGAAGAAUUUAAACUUUGGGCGACAUGUGGUCUCUAACUUUGUAAACGGUUUUGCACAGACGAAUUGACAGUAAGGUAUUAAAACGUCUAAUGUGUUUUGUCAGACGCAGAAAGAAGAAAGGAAAGAACGCACCAGCUGAAUCAGGAGAGAGAGCCGAUGCUAACCAGGAAGGUCAGCAACGAGAAGGCGAACCCCGUCAAACGGUCACCGAUGAGACACCCAAUGACGGCGAACAUGACGAGGUUGCAGACAGCACGCAGGCGGGAGACAGGCCAGUCGAGUUGAGCAAUGCAAGCUCUCAGACAACUUUAGCCUCGUGCACACCUCUGAACACCCCGAGUCCUUUAUACAGCACAACGCCAUUGAACAGUUUGAACACCGCAGUCAGUGGCUCUCCCACUCCUAUGAUGCAAGUGGUGUUAGGCUUUCUCCGCAGCCAGCCGCAACAAACCGUCAGCGCACCUAGCCUUCAUGCAAAUGCGAAUGCCUCUACGAUCGCACACACUGGAAGAGUUCUUGGGACAUCUUACGGGGCUAGUGAACGGGACAGCGCCUUGCACCAAGGUAUUUGCACAUCUUCACCAAGUCCUCUACAUUCCCAAGGAACGACCUCUCAAGGCAGUCAUCUGAGCGCCAUACCCGUUCAACAGCAUCAACAAGUUGUCAUCUCUCGAAUGUUGGCUCCUACUUCCUCAGAGAGUACAGACGUCCCAUUCAUGCCCCCAGUGGUGGCAAGCCCUCCCUCUCACCCCAACCCCCCACCCCGGGCAUCGAUCCUUCUUCCACACCUUCACUCCCUCCUUAAUCCCCCCGGGAUGAAUAACACAGGGGGAGAGGUAACUGUUUGGCCCUUCGCACCAAGCAACAUGUUUUCGCCACAGUAGGCUGAAACUUGGUAUAAUAGGCUGCUAAUUUUUUCACCUCGCGUUCAUGUCACGUUCAUGUCACGCAAGUAGUUACUUGAGUAACGGAAGCCCGUCAAAAUGUUUGUUUUAGAUAACUUAACCGAAGUUGUAAGCAAAUCUUUUCCCAUCUUGGUGAAAGUGUAAUGGUCAAAACAUGAUUUUAUUUACUUGUUCUAGUUCCUAUAAUUUAUUAGAUGUGCAUGGCAGCUGUCCGUGAACUGAACCAUAGGGAUAUCGUCCAUACUGGUUUCUCCUCUUCAGAUUUUCCUUCCUCUCUUUUAUUUAGGAAUAAGAUUUAACUUUAGGAUCUUGGUUUUAUGUCUCAAACAAAGAUUAGCUUGUGUGAGACGAGCUUGUUUAAGCCUUCGUCUCGCACAAACCGUAGCUAACUUAAGUCACGGCUUGUUCAAGGUGAACGUGGUCAUUAAGUUGUUUAAGCUGCUGCGUAUUUGCCUCGCCUGUGUGCUGUUACUUAUUAUAUGGUGGGCGUCUAGACUAUGAUUUAUGCUCUCGAUCUCGGAUCGGCCCUAACGGGCCUGAGAGUAAUCUGUGUUUUUAAAGGGUCCAUUCCGCCUUUUAAUGAAAAUUUACCUACAAAUUGCUAAAGGAAAUCUUGAGAGAGGGUAAACUGCAUUGAUGAGCUUUGUAGGGAACUGUUGAUAUUCCCUUAGGCUUUGUAGUUGGGUGGCCCCUAACCGUUUCACUCCCAAGAUCUCAUUAGUAAUUCUCCUUACUGCCUGCCAUACAAUUUGUAUGAUGUUAGUUUGGAGAAUUAGGUGUUGGAUCAACGAACAAUUCACAAAAUUGAUAUUUUCUUUAUUCUCAUUACUUGUCUGCUUGAUAUUGAAGAGAUAUUGGAAGGAGAAAUUCUGUCUUGAAUUUUGUCAUGAAUUAUAGGGUUAAUGCAGACAGUUUUUCAUAGUUCGAGAAAUAAACGUUUUUAAGUUUUCAAAAUUAUUAGUUAGGUUCUUGUAAGUUGAUAUUCCUCUUGAAAACAUAGGUUGCGCCCCCUGAUUGCAAGCAAGAAGAAUGAAGAAUGUAUAUGAAAGGGUAACAAGGAAAUCUUAUGUCUAGGUUUAUGUUUACUGUGAGGAAGACUAUCUUUUAGUCAAAGAAACUAUUCUUAAAAUGUAUAUUAGAUAUAACAUCGUGAAAAGACUGUUGUGCGGCGUGGGCGAGGAAUCGAAACACUUUUUCCACUGGCCAAGAGAAGUUGAUAGAAAGGAUCAAAAUCAGUAUCUGGGCAACUGCCCACCUACCCCUUCCCUAACC